UGUUGCGGGAUGUUGAGCUGCAUUUUCCUCGUUUCGUCUACUGUUGUUCUCGCGUUCGCCGCCACGGAAAAAUAUGUGGCGAACGUCGUGACGGCGAACAACGAAUUUGCUUCCGAGCUGCUGCAGCAGGCGCGUUCGUCGUCGACACUUGGAAACGCCUUCUUGAGUCCGUACAGCAUCAUGACGAGUCUCGGCAUGCUGGCGGCUGGAGCAAGAGGCGAGACGGAGUUAGAGAUACGCAAAGCGAUGCACUUGAAGGGUCUGUCGUCGGCCAAGGUGGCACGAGCUCUUGGUCAAUUGGCACGCAUUAGUAAGGAGGAGGAAGUCGGUUACACAUUAGCGGUCGCUAACCGGGUGUGGGCGCAGCUGAAUCAUCAACUCGAUAAGACGUUCCUCCAGUCGAUGGCGUACCAUUUCAGAUCGCCCGUCGGUCGACUCGAUUUCGCGCAGAGACCGGAGAUAUCGCGACGAAAUAUAAACGACUGGGUGGCGAAUCGUACCGGCGGAGAAAUCAGUGAACUGCUGCCGUCUGGGUCGGUUGAUCCACUCACUCGGCUAAUCUUGACGAAUGCGAUCUACUUUCAAGGCAAGUGGGUGAGCAAGUUCGGCGCGAAAGAUACGAAGUUGGGCAAGUUCUAUGGAUGCGAUUGUGGUGGUUCGUGUGACAGUCGCAGUGUGACGAUGAUGCAUCAGUACGGCAUGUUCAACUACAAAUACGACCCACACAACAGUGUUCGCGUGUUGGAAAUGCCGUACCUAGGGGUAGGUGUCUCAAUGUUCGUCCUCCUACCGGACGACUGUCAGGCGCUUGCUAUACUAGAGAAAGGUCUGACAGCACAACGGAUUGCCAAUCUGACUUCCGGUCUCCGAUCAACCAACAUUGACGUUCAUUUCCCGCGUUUUCAGAUGUCAUCACACAUGCAGUUGAAUGAAAUCUUGAAAGAAAUGGGAAUAACAAAAGCUUUCGAUCCAAACCAGGCGGACUUAUCAGGAAUCGAUAAAUCUAAAAACAUGUACGUAUCGCAAGUCAUUCACCAGGCGACUGUUAACGUUACAGAGGAGGGAACGAAAGCCUCGGCCUCAACCACCGUUUUAAUCGCCGCGAGGACGUUCUCUCGACCCGAAUUUCGGGCCAACCGCGCUUUUGUUUUUCUAAUCGUCGACCAGCGGACACGAGCUGUGCUUUUUAUUGGUCGCGUGGUGAACCCACGCACCUUGAGCGGUGAAGAACGGCGCGUUGAGGGGCGUCUGCCGAAAGAGACGCCGACAGAAGGAGUGAACUUUCCCAUAAAAGAGCCUCUGGUCAAAGAGAAGGAAAGAAUGCCCAAACAGUGUGUGAAGAGUUGUCCAAUCAGAAGGUCGCUGAUUCUGCCGGAGUUUUGUAGGCGGAAAUAUAAUUAUGUGAUAGUGGGCGAAUUGGUUGGUAUCCAUGAAUUACAGUCUCGUUUGCGCUACCAGCUGCACAUAACGAGAGUUCUGCAAUCAGGUUCAUCACGCCUGAAACCUCAAUCAGAUCAGAAUUACCUCUGGCCGAAGAAUCUCUACAUGAGAUGUGGCUGUGGACUUCGAGUAGGCCAGAAAUACAUUAUUGCUGGUCACGAGAAUCACAAAGACACCAAGAAAGUACUGAAGAUGGACAGUUAUGUUAUGGAGAGAGGCAGCAUGAGAGACGCUGUCAAAAUGAGGAGCUACAUUCGAGCUUGUAAGAACAUGUAACAGAGAAAGACUAGACGUACAGAUUGAUUUGCUGUUGAUAGGCAUGCUACUAUUACUGUAAUAGUCUAUAUGCAGGCUUCUACUGGAGAUACUAGAUUAUUUAAUUUGGGGAUUUUAGACUCAUUACCUGUUGUACUAUGAUCCUGUGGUGAUCAUGCAGGAACUUUGAUGGAGGUUGACUCCUCCGCAAACUUCUGCAUAUAUAUAUAGAUUCAAAUAUAUUGAGAACUCUUGUAUUGAA